AUGUCUUCUCAACAACAAGCCAAUAAUGAGUAUACUUUUCCAUUUGGAAAACUCACAUUUUCAUCAACACUUAACAAUGUUGUACUAAUUGCUUGUGGAAGUUUUAAUCCGAUCACCAAUUCACAUCUCCGAAUGUUUGAAACAGCUAGAGAUUUUUUACAGAAUGAAGAGGGAUAUCAUGUUGUUGGAGGAUUUAUUUCUCCUGUUCAUCAGGAUUAUGAAAAGAGAAAACCAACUCUUAUCAGUGCUAAAUAUCGUGUUGAUAUGUGUAGAUUGGCAGUUUCUGAUUCCGAUUGGAUUAAUAUUGAUGAAUGGGAAGUCAAUCAGAGUGAAUAUUCACGUACUUUGCUUGUACUAAAACAUUUUCAAGAUGAAAUUGAAAAAUCUUACACUUCAACUACAGAGUUGAGAAUAAUGUUAUUGUGUGGAGCUGAUUUGUUACAAUCUUUUGUUAAACCAGGUGUUUGGAUUCCAGAACAAGUUGAAUAUAUUCUCUCCAAGUUUGGAGCAUGUUGUAUUGAGAGAGAUGGUAUUUCUGUAAAUACUAUUGUAUUUGAACAUGAUACAUUGUAUAGAAAUAAGAAGAAUAUCCAUAUUAUUCCUGAGUGGAUUAUCAAUGAUGUCAGUUCUACCAAAGUUAGACAAUUGGUUCGAAGAAACAACUCUGUAAAAUACUAUGUUCACGAUAAGGUUGAGAAAUAUAUUAACGAACACAAAUUAUAUAAGGCCGAAGAUUUUGUACCAAUAAUUUCAGAGUCAGUUUUUGAAAAUAAGAAAUUGUAA